AUGAAAUUGUCUCUGGCUUUCUCUGCUGGUAUGCUGCAUAGCGCAUCUUACCUGAAUACCAAUUGUUUUGGACUUGAGACAUCGAAGCCAGGAGCGGCAUCCGCUGGAGUUUACCUGGCACACAGGGUUAUAGGGCUUCACAGUUCGGGUUAUGGGCGUAUCCUAGGACAAUCAGUGUUCGGUGCCAAAUUGUUCUACUGUGCUUGGCUAACAGUGGCCAAACCAGAUGACAACUUCGUAUGCAUCCCUUUGAUACCCAUUGAUGAAGCAUACGAGGAAGAAAUAGCAAAACAGUUCAUCCGAGAGAGAAUUCUUGGAAAAUCCUAUGAAGACCUUUCUCUGAUCCCGAAAGAAGCAACCCUUGAACGAGAGAUACAUGAAGAUAUGACAGAACACGAGGAUACAACAGCAGACUUUAUCGAAAACUACGAGAACUCUUUGAUGGGGGCAGUAUUAUUAGGAACGGCAAUCACUGAAGAAACCGUUUCAAAUAAUGUGAAGCCGUACAUGAACUUCAGAACCAAGUCAGGCUCAGUUCAAGAAAGCAAAGGAAGAAAGAGAAAACAUGUGAAGAAACCAGAUACCGAGGUCAUGCAUUUCCUUUCCAAGAUCGGUCCUGAUUUACCCAUCAACGCCCUUGCUGUUAACGCUAAGGAUAAUACGUGUGCUGACAGAUGUAACCGCCUCAACUUGGCGGUUUUUAACAGUCUGUCUCACACUGACUCCAAGGUUAAGAAUGUUUGUGAUGUACCACUAUUCCUUACAAAAUCGAGUCUUUCUAAAACAAAAUGUGGAAAGAUAUUCGAAAGCUUUAGACAACGCCUUGGGAUAUCGACUGAGUCCGGUGAUGUGCUAAUCUUCCUGAAGAACACAGUUAUGAAUCCCUGGACAGCGGCUGACGCCACAAUACAGAUGCUUCUACAGGAAUUCCGAAACGUUGUUACUCAGUGCAUUACGGAGGCUGAAAUCAUAUUUGGUUUGAAGAACAUUAUGAUCAUCAAGUUGGCAGAACAGAAGAACAACAGAACAUUUUCUGAGUCUAUUUGUCCUUUAUGA